GGCCUGCAAUCUAGCCAUCUGUUAUCUAUCCAUGCAUCGAUGUAUGUAUGUAUGUAUGAUGAGCAAAACAGCUAGCUAGAUGUUUGCAUCAACCAUAUAUUUGUCAUGGUCCUUGGUGGAAGUAGCUAUAAAUACGGCCGAUGGAGGAGGGCACAAAAGGGGCAGUAGCAAGCAAGCAAAGCUAAUAUACAUAAAUUGAUCCAGGGAUCGAUCGAAAUUAAUGGCGGGCAGGAGCAGGAGGAGGUCGUUUUGGUCCGUGGGCGUUGCGGCUGCUCUGCUUUGUCUGCUGGCCGCCCAUGGCUGCAGCGCCAAGCAUCACAAGCCCAAGCCUACUCCCGGUGGCAUCAGUGGCAAUGCUUCUUCUUCCUCCUCCAAUUCCAGCACCCCCAGUAUUCCUCCUCCUGUUGCCCCUACUCCUACUGCUCCUACUCCUCCUAUUCCCAGCCCCGGAACUGGAAGCAGCAACGGCAGCAGUGGCGGUGGCGGCGGCGGGUGGCUGAACGCCCGUGCGACCUGGUACGGCGCUCCCAACGGCGCUGGGCCGGACGACAACGGCGGCGCGUGUGGGUUCAAGAAUGUGAACCUGCCGCCCUUCUCGGCCAUGACUUCCUGCGGAAAUGAGCCUCUCUUCAAGGACGGCAAGGGAUGCGGCUCCUGCUACCAGAUCCGAUGCGUGGGGCACCCAGCCUGCUCGGGGCUCCCGGAGACGGUGAUCAUCACGGACAUGAACUACUACCCAGUGUCGCUGUACCACUUCGACCUCAGCGGCACGGCGUUCGGCGCCAUGGCCAAGGACAACCGCAACGACGAGCUCCGCCACGCCGGCAUCAUCGACAUCCAGUUCAGGAGGGUGCCUUGUCAGUAUCCAGGGCUGACGGUGACGUUCCACGUGGAGCAAGGGUCGAACCCGGUGUACAUGGCGAUACUGGUGGAGUACGAGAACGGGGACGGGGACGUGGUGCAGGUGGACCUGAUGGAGUCGCGCUACAGCACCGGGGGCGUGGAUGGGACGCCGACGGGGGUGUGGACGCCGAUGAGGGAGUCGUGGGGAUCGAUAUGGAGGCUGGACACCAACCACCCGCUGCAGGGGCCCUUCUCCCUCCGCAUCACCAACGAGUCCGGCAAGACCCUCAUCGCCGAUCAGGUCAUCCCCGCCGACUGGCAGCCCAACACCGUCUACAGCUCCAUCGUCCAGUUCGACUAGCUAAUUACUACUACUCCACUCCUUGCCAUUAAUUAGUAUAUACUCCAUUAUUUGCCAUUUGCACAUCAUCGAGACGUCGCUUGUGACGUCCGUUUCAGUGCGUAUAUGCAUGUUGUACUCCUCCUUACUUGAUUACAUGUAUGCAUGCAAAUUAAUGAAUCAAUCAAUGGUCGGAUUUUCUAUAUAUAUAA